CCCGCUGGGAGCGAGGUGGCGGAGCCGUGUAAGCUGGCUGGUGGCAUGGCAGACGAGGAGGAAGACCCUACUUUUGAGGAAGAAAAUGAAGAAAUUGGAGGAGGUGCAGAAGGCGGACAGGGUAAAAGGAAGAGACUUUUUUCUAAAGAAUUGCGAUGUAUGAUGUAUGGGUUUGGGGAUGACCAGAAUCCUUAUACUGAGUCAGUGGAUAUUCUUGAAGACCUUGUCAUAGAGUUCAUCACUGAAAUGACUCACAAGGCAAUGUCAAUUGGAAGACAAGGUCGGGUACAAGUUGAAGAUAUCGUCUUCUUGAUUCGAAAGGACCCAAGGAAGUUUGCUAGGGUUAAAGACUUGCUUACUAUGAAUGAAGAAUUGAAACGAGCUAGAAAAGCAUUUGAUGAAGCAAACUAUGGAUCUUGACACCUUCUGUACUUUCUGAAGCUUCAUUAUCUUCUGGGGAAACCAUAUAUCAUAACUUUAUUUUCCACAUUGGGGUCCUAAUAUCUAGCCAUGUAUAUGCAAGAUGGAGAAACAAAAAGUCUUCAGCUUUUAUUUUCAGGUCUUCGAUUUUAGAAUGAUAUUUGAGCCUUGAAUUGCCUGCCGUUACAGGACUAUACUUGAAUUACUUACUGGGUUUUAAUGACCACAUGUAAGUUGAAGUACCUUGCAAACUAUGUGGUUCCUUCUGACUUUAGACUAAGUGAUGAAGUAAUAUUUAUGUAUUGGGUGUAUUUGUGCCCUUGUAGGCUAUACCGUAGCUGUUUAAUAUAUGAAAUCUAUAGGGCACCUUCGACUAUGAUUGCUAAGACGUGUUUCAUGUAUUCUAAAGUUUUUAGACUAUGGUAGGCUAAGAGAUUAUUAAAAGAUAGUGAACUGGUUUGCUUUUUUUUUUUUAAGGAGAAGAUGAUACAAGAAAAUAGUCUUGUAGGAAUGUUUAUCUAAGAUAUUUUUUUUUAAUAUUCUUUAGAUUACAAGAAUGAUUAUUUUUUAAACUAAAAGUUUCAUGUGAAUUCUUCCGUAUUGGAAGGCUUUUGAUUUAAAACAUUUUGGGCUUAUAAUGUACUAGUUGUCAAGUUUUAAGAGAACUAAUUUUCCCAGGUCAGAUUAAAGCUUCUAGAAGUAAAUGCUUUCAGUAGUAGGAAUGGUAUUGCUUAAAAAGCUGAUGGCAGGAUAAGCAUUUGGGAUAGUGUUUUAUUAAUGUAUUUGUUAGUACUUGUUCAUUGUGGAAGUGUGUACUUGACUAAAACCAUAUAUGGCUAUGGAAACCACUUUUGUAGUUCAGGAUAUACAAGUUUUGUGUGUGUUUAGCUUAUUAAAUUAUUGCACUUAGUUUAAAAUAAGGAUUAAAACUGCAUUUAAAGGGAUCACUGAAUAUUACUCUGUGAAACAGUGUUUUGUGCACUGCUUAUAAACAUUAUCUAUAAAUCAGCAUGUAGGAGAAUUUCACUUUCUUAAUCUGUUGAUACAAGGAAUAAAGUAAAAAAUUAGAUUAA